CUCUACAUCGUGCACACAAGAGACCAAGCUGCAAGGCCUCGCUGGGCAGGCAACGUCCCAAGUCGAAAGUCCGCAAAAACGCGUUAUAUUGCCGCCCAACAGUCUCGGGGCAUAGGUUAGAUUGAAUGCUAUAGGCUCAAAGCGAUACAGCCGGCGUUAGGCCGCUCUGCUGCUCCCAACUACGCUUCAUGUGGCGCUCCAUGCUAUGCUGGCCGGGCAAGCGCGGCGUGCUGAGACAAGGCCCGCAAUAUCUCGGCACAUUAACGCGUCGUGAUUAUGAGUCCAACACAGGCUUCCGGUAUUAGCAGGCCGCCGAGAUGCCAGACUAACAGCGUGAGGUCAAACGCGUGAAGAUGGAGGAGGCAAGCCAAGAGGGCGAGCCCGGUCUCAGCCAGAGCCUGCCUCAGCUGCUGCCGUUGCCAAAUCUCUCUCCACCAGAUGCGCUGAACGCGUCGUUGGUAGGAUCAUGGCGGGGCCCAAUUUCUUUGAGCCAGGAUGGGCUCCCGCUUUCGCAGGGUCUCAGCCAGUCGAGCCAGCAGCUCCUGGGCAUAAGCGACAGCCAACUGGAGACCAUGGGACAGGGCGUCGGCCUGCCUCAGAGCGCAGGGGUUGGGCUGCCCCCAGCUCCGGACUUGGCGGGGCUGCGGCAGGCGAUACCGCUACAAGCAGCAGCAGCAGCUGGAUUAAUACAAAGGCUUCCACCAGGGAUACCGCAGGGCCUGCCGCAGAACGUGCUGCCGAUACUGACGCCCGGCGGGUACCACCUGGUCGAUGCCUCCGCGGCAGCGAUGCCCCCGCCGAGGCACCCAUCCGUGUGCAAGGCGGAGCAUAAAAACAGCAAGGCGGCGAGGCGCGGGCCAAUGGAUGAAAUGCGGCAGCUGGUGCGCAUUCUGGUCAAGUUGAUGCCAGAGUCCAGCCGUUUCCUGACGGUGCCGGAUGAGGGUGGAGGCGGCAAUCGCGUCAAGGAGGAGCACAUCAAGGACUACCUGAACAAGGUGCUGGGCCGCAGCCACGACGCGUCGGAUGAGGUUCCGCCCUACCCGGAGUGGGGCCUCAGCAACGGCUGGGCAGCGUAUCUGAGCCAGCUGUUCACAUGGGCGCGCGGGGUGGUGAUCACGUCGGACCAGGCGCUCAAGUGCGCCCGCCGCCUGCCGGGCCGCAGCUGGGAGACGCUGAACGAGGAGCUGGAGAAGCUACGGCUGUGCCCCGGCGUGUGGCCGCUGCCGCUGCGCAAGGAGGGCGUGCGCGCAGUGCAGAAGACGUACGAGGAGACCGGCCAGCUGCCGCCGCCGCCGCCGCGCCCGGCCGUGGCCAUGGCGGUGCCGGGCCACGGCUACAUGCCGCUGAUGCUGGACGCCUCCGGCAUGCACUACAUCGCGGCACCGGACGCGGCAGCCACCGCAGCAGCCGCAGCCGCCGCGGCCGCCGCAGCAGCAGCCGCGCCCGCGGUGACGGUGGCUGCGCCCGCUGUGCCUGCUGCAGCUGCGGCGGCGCCGCAGGGCGCGGCGCCGGCGGCGGGAGGAAUGCCGGAGACGGAAGCGGCGCCGGCUGCAGGAGCGGCACCGGCGGAGGGAGCGGCGCCGGCAGCAGCUGCGGCGCCGGCGCCGGUGGCGGCCGCAGGAGGUGCGCCCACCACAGCCGCGCCGGCGCCAGUGGCGGGCGCACCGGCGGGGGUGGCCGUGGCGGGAGCAUCGGCGGUGGAGCGCGGCGCCGCUGACAGCGAGCAGGCGGCGGGCAAGUUGCCAGGCCAGCCCGCCGGCACCUACGGCCAGCCAGCGGCGUUCGUGUAUGGCGCAACGGCCGGCAGCAUUCCCGGCGUGGCGGCGGCGGGGCCGCUGAGCUACUACCAGGGGCCGCCGGCGCCGGCCGUGAAGCGGCGGCGCAAGGCGGGUGGCGCGCUGUACAACUUUGACCUGAACGACAUGACCAACCAGUCGGAGCUGGACUUGUGGACGGCGGUGGUCACCAUCCUGCGGGAGGCGCAGGGCAAGCGCGGCAACACGCCGCCCGCCAAGCAGCACUCGCUGCAGCAGCAGAUCAGCACCGCCUACCACAUCACGCACGCCUACUUCCACAACACGCCCGUGCUGGAGGGCGGUCUGGCGGGGGGCAGCGCGCCGGUGUUGGCUGCGCCGGUGGCGGGCACCCCGGCGGGCGCGGGCGGGUCGGCAUCUUCGGACGGCGCGGCCGCGGCGGGCCCCGCGCCCGUUGCGGGUCUGCCGGCCGGGCAGCAGCAGCAGCAGGUGGCGGCUCUGGCCUCGCCGGCUACGGCAGCGGCAAAGGCGGCGAUGGUGGGCGGUGGCAUUGAUGCCGCUACGCUGCAGGCGCUGCAGCAGGCCGGGCUACGGCUGCCGUCCGCGCCGUUCAUGAUGCAGCAGGGCGGGCUGCCCAUCAUGCUGCAGCAGUUGCACCAGCAGCAGCAAGCACAGCAGGCGGCCAGCCUUGCUGCGAGCACGGCCUGGUCCAAGCCCGCAGCCCCGGUGCCCGAGACGGCUGCGACCGCCGCUGCAGUGGAGCGUGUGGUAGUAGCUGCACCCGCGCCUGCGCCUGCGCCCACGCCUGCGCCCGCGCCUGCGCCUGCGCCCGCGCCCGCGGCUGCGCCCGCGCCCGCGCCUGCGCCUGCCCCCGCGCCUGCGCCCGCGCCCGGGCCUGCGCCCGCGCCCGCGCCCGCGCCCGCGCCUGCGCCUGCGCCUGCGCCAGCGCCCACGCCUGCGACUGCCCCGGCAGUCGGUGUGAAGGCGGCGGCGACGGGCCAGCAGGGCUCGCCUCCGGGCACGGCGGCGACAUCAGCGGCGACGACGGUUACUGCGCUUUCGGACGGGGCGGCAGGCGGUGACGCAGGGCCAGGGCUAGAUCCGCAGAGCCAGGACAGCACGGUUGCGCCGCCGCCGGCUGAGGAGCGGAAGGAAGCGGCGCCGGCACCGCCGCCCGCGUCCAAGCCGGAGCCCGCGCGCACUGCAGGACCGGUGCCGGCCGGUUCGCCAGCUCCCGCGCCGCCCACCGUGGCCGCGCCGGCCGCGCCAGUGCAAGCUUCGGCCGCGCCGCAGGUGUCGGCGCCGCCGCCGGCGCCCGCCGCCGCCGCGCCGCAGGUGAUUCCGCAGCAGGCGGCUCUGUCGGCUCCGCCCACCAGCCAGGCGCAGGACUGCUUGGCGGCGUCCCAGCGGCCGGCCUCGCAGCCGCACCUGCCGCCGCUCUCGUCGGUGCCUGUGACGGCGGGCGGGGCCGAACGGGUGGGCAGCCAAGGCGGCGCGAGCUCGGGCCGGCCCCCCGCGCACGAGCCGGCGGUCGGCGAGAAGCACGGCCGGGGGCAGAGCGGCAAGGAGUCAAAAGACGCGCGCGUGGGUAGUCAGGGCGGCAGCUACCGCGACUUCGACAAGCCCAGCAGCUUGGCCAGCGCGCUGGACUGCUUGGCCGCCGCCGCAGCAGCCGCAUCGCAGGAUGAGCCGGCUGGGCAGCCGCCGCCGCCGGCCGGGCCCAGCUCCGGCCGGCGGAACGGGGCUGGGCUGCCGCCGCCGCGCAACGGGGUGGAGCCGCGCACCCGCACCGAGCGCGCCGAGAGCAAGGUGGGCGUGAAGGGCGCGGCGCUUGUGGUCAUUGAUGUGGACGAGGAGGAGGUGGACGAGACGCAGACCAAGGGCCGGAUUACGGCGGCGCCACAGCGGGUGGCGGAGUCAGCAGCCGAGGUGGAGGGCCCGAGCCGCCUGCCGCAGCCGGCCAGCAGCAGCGCACAGCCCGGCCGCAACACCUCGGCCGCCAAGCGUGCGCGCGUGCACCAGCUGAUGGACCUGGAGCCGCGGGGCGAGGACCGGCCGCCCUCGCAGCCGCCGCCCUCGCAGCUGCCGCCCUCGCAGCUGCUGCCACCCAGCCUUGCGGCGGCCUCCACGGGACCGCUGCAGGACAGCGUGCUGCAGCCGCUGCAGUUCCUGCGCCCGCCCUCGCAGCCGCAGCAGCUGUCCAUGCUGCCCACCAUGUCGGGAGGCGCUCUGACGCAGGGCCAGAUGACGGCCGUGGGGGCGGCGCCGAGCCUGCAGGGUCUCCAGGGCAUGCAGGGCCUCCAGGGCAUGCAGGGCCUCCAGAGCCUGCAGGGACUGCAGAACAUGCAGGGCCUGCAGAACGUGCAGGGGCUACAGAACAUGCAGGGGCUACAGAACAUGCAGGGGCUACAGAGCAUGCAGGGACUGCAGAACAUGCAAGGGCUGAUGGCGGCGCAGGCGCCUCCGGGCGCGCAGUUUGUGUACUUGAUGUCGGCGGUGCCGAGCGGGCUGGUCCAGGCCGGCGGGCAAUUCAUGAUGACCACCGGCGGGCAGCCGAUGCUGAUGCAGGGCGGGCAGCCGCAGGGCAUCAUCAUGGUGCAGGCCACGCCCACCAUGAUGCCGCAGACGUCGCUGUCGCAGCAGCAGCAGUUGCCGCAGUAGAUGUCAAGAGGCGCCGUGCGACGGAGGCGGAGAUGCCGGGCUGCAGCUGGAGUGAGAUGCCGACCGUGCAGUGCGGCGAGUGCUUUAUAUAAGUCCUUCGAUUGGGGUGGUGGGUUUAUAGAUGGAGGGCUGGCCUGGGGGUUGCCAGCGUACGAGGGUGCUAACGCGCGGCUUGGCGCAUUCCGCAUCGGGGCGCUCAUGAUGCAGCGCAGGAACCUGGGGCCGUUCCUGAGCUUGGGGCCGUUGGCACGGGAACGCGCCUGCAAGUGCGUAGGGCUGCGCUGAGAGGGGUGGGCGGCUAUUGAUGCGAGGACGCUGUGAUACACUUGCAAGCAAGCAGGAGCCGUAUACGCUUUAUCUAAGUGCACGCUUCGCCCAAACAUGCGGAUGAUGAGUGGUGGUUGGGAAGAUGCGCAAGCAGCCAUUGGGUAUGAAACAAAGGCGGAAGUACGUCGUGUCAGCUUGGCUACACCUGGUAGCCGGGAGCGGCUCGUUGGGGUCCCGGGGUGGUCUAGGGUCCGCCGUAUGCUUGUACGGUGGAAGAAUGCGGCCGCGGUUGGAAGCGCCGCGGCCGCGGCACUCGUCUCAGCGUCAACGCUGGCGGGCGCGUAACAUUUAUGUCGGACAGUAUGUACGGGAUGCGUUUGUAUGCAUGUGAGUGAGAGACGUUCACCUUACUUCCCAACGGGCGGGCGCCCAUGCUGACAGCACAUAUUAAGCACAGGAGCGCAUGAGAAGCGCCGAUAAUGACUUGACGGGCAAGCGGUGCAUGCGGGUCGCGGCGCCGAGGGCUGCGUUGUGUGGUGCAGCAUGAGGACGGCCGGGGGCUGCGGCCUAGAGGGGCGCGCAUUCUGAGCUGGGCGUGAGGAUGGCCUUAUGCAGGGAACAUGUGGUGUUCAUGGAACUGGUGAAGCCCCGUGUCCCGAACCAAAUGGCGACGGAGAGGGUUUAGGAUCCGGUGGCGUCCCUUGUGUUGCGCCGACUGGACUGCAGUGGCGAUUGCUGUACAGGAGGUGGAUCAUCGGUUAUGGUAUAGGCCAGGAUCUAGGAGGAUGCGUGUGGCCGCUGACUUGCAAUGGUUUUGGCGAGUCGCCGUAAGACCGGUAUCGUGGGGGCCCUGCACCGUGGCCCGGGACCCAGUGAGGCACUUGGUGCGCCGAGCACGGGUAGGCACGUGGUGUGCCGAGCACCCCUGGCGCCAGGCCAGGAGUGAUGAAGUUCCGAUGUCGCAGUCGAUUGAGAUUCGUGCGUCGUGGCGAGGAGUGGCAGACCUGGAUGGAACCGAUGUGCACACCGAUUGUAAACACAAC